AUGAGCGGAGAGGUAAAAGAGUACCGACCGAACGAUUCGCCGAACGAUCUCUCCUCAACCCAACUCGCUCUCGCACUUUCCACCCUCGCCGUCAAGUCCUCUAAUCAUGCCAUUACUCCGCUCGUCCUUGGAGGAGACAGAGCGCCUCCAAUCCUCUCUCUUUCUGCUUUGGAUAUUGGACCAGACGGCAUCUUUUCAUUUCCAAACAAUGUCAGUCGCAUCGAAGCGCUCAAUGCCACCCUUGAGCCUGAAAAGUAUGGACUGGACUUCUGGGAGAGUCUUGAAGGCCAACUAAUAUCAACCCUGGUCCAAUUGCAUUGGGAUUCCCCAACCGUAAUUUCUGGGUACACGGAGACUGGCCUGUCACGAAUGGACACGCAAAGAAUGGUGCAAUUCUGA